AUAGACGAAGGGCUCUUCGUAGCUGACGGGGAUGUCGCUUGCCAUGGCCUUGAGCUCUGCCAACUGCGGCGGCCGCGCGGUUACGCGGCGCGGUGGCGGUGGUCUCCUCGGCCGCGCUCUUGGUUCCGCGCUGCUGUGCACGGCCGCCACGACGCCGCAGCAAAUCUCCCACUACCUCGCGCACCAGCCGCGGGCGACCUGGGAGGCGCUCUCCGCCACUUUCCCCGCCGGCGGCGCCGGCGCCCCGGCAACCCACGGCCAUGUCGACGCCGUGCUCCUCUCCCUCGCCAGGCACCCCCACGCCUCCCCCGAGCCCGUCGCCAAGAACGCCCUCACCUUCUUCCACUGGUCCGCCGCCGCCGCCGCUGCCGUCGCUUCCUCCUCGCAGUCCUCCUCCCACUCCCUCCGCUCCUACUGCCUCCUCGUGCACCUCCUCUCUCGCGCCGCGCUCUUCCGCGACGCGUCCGUGCUCCUCGAGUCCGCCAUCGCCAAGUACUCCCCGGCUUCGUCUUCCGAUUCGUCCUUCCUCGACGCUUUCUUCGCCGCCUACGAGGACAGCGGCACGGCUGCCACGACCCGCGGCCUCCACCUCCUGGUGCACGCCUACGCACGGCUGCGCCUCCCGGGGGAGGCCCUCGAGGCCUGCCGCUACCUCGCGCAGCGCGGCGUCCUCCCCUCCCUAUCCGCCUUCAACUCCGCGCUGCAGUCGGCGCAGCACACUGGGGCGUUCGGUGUCGCAUGGGAGGUGUUCGAGCUAAUGACGCAGAAGCGGGUGUAUGCGAAUCAGAGCACCGUUGAGCUCGUUGUCGGCGUCCUGAGCCGGGAAGGCAAGCUCGCCAAGACCACGGCAUUCGUGGAGAGGAUCCGUGGCAAGAAGUGUGCGCCCGGCAUCGUGGCACAUGCGGCACUUGCGCUUAGGAUGAUCAAGGAAGUGAGGGUGGAGCAGGUCAUCUUGCUAUUGAAGAGGAUGCUUCAGAAGAACAUUCUGCUUGACGAGAUUGCUUACUCAUUAAUCGUGCAUGCCUACUGCCACGCUGGUGAUCUGAAGUCAGCAUUUGAGCAACGCGAUGACAUGGUUCGUCGAGGUUGUCGCCUGAAUGCAUUCGUGUACACUUGCCUCAUCGGAGCACAUUGUUGCGAUGGCAGUAUGGACAAGGCUGUACAGUUUCUCCAAGAAAUGGUAUCCAUGGGAUUGAAGCCGUAUGAUGCUACGCACAGCCAUGUCAUUGCAGGGUGUUUCAGAGAAGGGAUGGUAGAGGAAGGGUUGGCCUACUUCAAUUCAAUGCUUCAUGAAGGUUUUGUACCAGAAAUCAGCUAUUGUAAUGAUAUGUUAGGGGGUCUCAGCAAUGCAGGAGAGGUCCGCAAGGCAAAUGACCUGCUGACGGCACUGAUGGACAGAGGACUUGUUCCUGACAAGGUCACAUACCAGAGACUUAUUGAUGGAUAUGGUAAGGUUGGUAAUGCAGAAGGCAUCGUCAAAAUCUACCACGAGAUGGAGCACAGAGAGCUUAAUCCUGGUGUCGAUGUUUUUACCACCUUGAUCAGGGGCCUUUGCCAGUGUGGAAAUCUGAAGGAAGCUGAGAAGUUUUUGGCAGUGAUGAAGAAGAAAGCAGUGGCUCCAACUAAUGACUUAUACGACUUGUUGAUCAGCAGCUACUGCGAGAAGGGUAACACUAAAAGGGCACUUUGGUUGUACGGUAUGAUGAUCUCAGAGAAUGAGAAGCUUGUCCCCUCUGCUGACUCUUUCAUGAUGUUGGUGAGGAGAGUCAUCAAAGUAAAGAAUUCUUGUCCCCCCUAAUAGCUGACCAAGUGACCAUGUCAUUAGAUCAUUGGAGGGUGGGAAUUGACCGGUGGGAAAGCUAAAAGGGAUACGAGAAAAGUGCUGUACCUCUGAAGCCCAAACUGGACACCCGUCCCAGAGGCCCCGAUGGUGAGGUCUUGCCCGUCACGAGGUUCUGGGCAGAUCUCUGGCUGGGGCUCGUCUAGCUCAGUUCAUGCCGGCCUUGCACUCCUGCUGUCCAACACAACGAGGGGUAACAUCAGUGUUGGCGUAGGCUUAUCAGUCAGGCACCUGGGACCUUCAUACUCAAACCAGACUUAUGCUGGAAUCCUCAUGCAGCAAGUUCGGUCGGGGGUGGUGAUUUGUGAACUGGGCGGCAGCUUAUGCAACCAGCUUGACUUGCAUUUGGGACCUGCCACUCUUCGGGGUCACCCACCCACACUCCAAAGCGAGCUUGGGACUCUGCUAUCAAUCACAGCCAUGCUCUCCAACAUCUGGAAGAACUGUAAUGCUGAACUCUCCUGCAAUCAUCCGCUCCGCUCAGAUAAGUGGUUCGCCCGGUUGCAGAAGACCUACUCCUCUGGACUAACGGAAAGAAGACGAGAGAACAGAAAUGCCCUGCGGUGCAUUCGCGAAUCCUGGAUGUAAAACUUCAUCCGUUUAAUAGCAAAAGUUAAGGUCGGCGAUAUGCCUACCGUACGGUUCCUGAAAAAAAAAAAAGCGACCGGCUGUUUGCAUUCGGUGAUGGUGGACUUGUCAGGUUUGUCGAAAAGGCCAUCUACUGCAUCGGUUCAGUUACGAAAUUUGAGAUUUUGACAUGCAUGGUAACCUACAUAAAUCAGUCGAUCAA